ACCCCUAAUGCCUACAGGUCGCGUUUGGUGGCGGUCCAACGAUUAAAAUCCCAAGGAAUGAGAAAUCAACUGUAACCGGCGACGAUGGCGAAGACGAAGACGCCGUUAGUGACGGGAGAGAGAGUUGUAGUGGCAGUCGUGGUUUCUCGCGUUAUCCUCUCUCCCCCUCUAUCUCUCAUCUCUCAUGGCUUCUCCCUCUUCCUCCUCUGCCUCUUCGCCUUCCUCGUCGAAAUACGGGCGGAGACUUCUCCCUUUCUUCUCUCUCGUUUCAGCCCCAGGCGAGGUGCAUCUUCAGGGAUAUUGCUGGGAGCAGUAACACUUCCUUCUGUUAUGUUAUCUAAGUUGGUACAGCUUACAAGAGCCAUCUCACUUCAUGAAGCUGAACAAGAUGAGCUCUCGCAUGUUACAAUGCAGUACUGGGCAGCAUCUGCAAGCUGCUGCGCCAUACUUAUAUAUCUCUCUGUAAUUAUGUCUCAAGCCAAGAAAACUGAGUCUUUGUCCUCGUCGCUUUGGCUUACGAGGGUUAGUUUAACUGGCACGGUCUUUUAUGGGGUGGCAUGCUUUGUUUCACUUUCCAUGAUAUCACACACUGGCUUGAACACUUCAUUAAAAAUGUUGUGGAUGUUAUUUCACGGCCUUGCAGCUGUGAAGUUAAUUCGACAUUUGCUUUGCACUUUCCCUUCCUGUGCCUCCAUCGGGGAAGCACUUCUCGUAACCAGUGGCCUUGUUCUCUAUUUUGGCGACUUUUUGGCAUGCACAAUUGCAAAGAUCUGCGAGAAUUUGAUACCUGUGGAUCUCGUCUCAAUAAGCUAUGGAAUAAAGAGAUCUGAAACCGGCAUAAUCGUCCAGGGUCUACUGUUGGGCCUCCUACUUUUCCCUAUGGUGUUUAGAUGUGUUCUGCAUAUAUACGAAACCUUUUUGAGAAAAAGAGACGGUGGACAAAGAAACUGCACUGAUGCUGCAAAAUCUAUCUUAUUCUUUGUUUCACUUGUAUUCUUUAUGGUCCUCGCUGUUCCUUCUUGGAUGCAGUUUGUUCAUGAUUUCCACCAGCAUCCCUUCUUAUGGGUGCUUACAUUUGUCUUUUCUGAACCUCUGAAGAGGAUUUCACUAUGUAUCUACUGGGUGCUGUUGAUCGUUGUGUCUGUCUCAAGAUUCUACAGCAUCUCGAGGAGUAGCAAGGUUGAGAGAAUCCUGCUCCGGAAGUACUACCAUCUGAUGGCAGUUUUAAUGUUCUUGCCGGCUCUUGUCUUGCAGCCUAAGUUUCUCGAUCUAGCAUUUGGUGCAGCACUGGCGGUUUUCGUUGCAUUGGAGAUCAUUCGAAUCUGGAGAGUACAGCCGCUUGGAGAGCCUUUACAUCAUUUCAUGAAUGCUUUCACAGACCAUCGUGACUCAGAGCUUCUGAUCGUCAGCCACUUCUCACUCUUACUGGGGUGUGCGCUUCCAAUAUGGAUGUCUUCUGGGUUCAAUGACCGAGCUUUAUCCCCAUUUUCCGGGAUCCUAAGCCUCGGGAUUGGAGACACAACGGCAUCAAUGGUUGGUCACAAAUAUGGAGUAUUAAGAUGGAGCAAGACAGGAAAGAAAACAGUAGAAGGAACAGCAGCAGGAAUAACGUCGGUGAUGGCAGUGUGCUUUGUGCUGGUCCCAGUGUUAGCAUCAAUGGGUUAUAUACUAAGCCAAGGAUGGUGGUCGCUUCUUCUUGCGGUUACUGCCACCGGUAUGUUGGAAGCUUACACGGCGCAGUUAGACAACGCAUUUAUACCUCUUGUCUUCUAUUCACUCCUCUGCUUAUAGUAAAGUGCUUUUAGUUGUUUUUUUCUUCUUGUAUAUAGUAAAAGUUAAUGUACAUAACAAAGUAUCUUUAAAUAGAGCAACAACUAGAUUCUGACCA